UGGACAGACACCGCUAGCCAACAGAGGGGGUGGCGUUUGAUUCGGUAAAAACCGAGAUUGAACGAACGGACUGUGGAACCGACGAAGCUGCCCCUUUAAAUCAGGAAUACAGCGCAUUCGGAGGAGGUAAAGGUUUACAGCUGACCAUCAGACCUGAGGUCACAACCACUCCUGUCCAUCUGAGUGACCCAACUCACCUGGUCAGUUCCCCUGCACACACACACCUGUUCUACCUGGUACACCUGUCUACCAACCCAACACACACCUGCCCUGCCUGGUACACCUGUCUAUCAACCCAACACACACCUGUCUGGCCACUGGAGCAGACUCCAAUCUGCACACCAUCCACUAGUGGGGGUGUGUGUAUUGAUGGAUCAGGAUGUCAACCAAUAACAACAUCGCGCAGGCCAGGAAACUGGUGGAACAACUGAGGAUCGAGGCAGGGAUCGAACGUAUUAAGGUUUCUAAGGCAGCAGCAGACCUGAUGAGUUACUGUGAGCAGCACGCCCGUAACGAUCCGCUCCUCGUUGGCGUCCCAACGUCAGAAAACCCUUUCAAAGACAAGAAACCCUGUAUCAUCCUAUAGCUGCACACUUGUCUCUGCCCAUCAGACACACACACACACACACACACACACACACACACACACACACACACACACACACACACACACACACACACACACACACACACACACACACACACACACA